AUGUUUUCACUUAAAGCUGUUGUUGUAUUUCAAAUAUUAUAUUUUAUCUCUACGAAUGUAAUUUGUUACUCCAGUAAUAUUUCCUUACCCGAAGAACAAUAUUUAUUUGAUUUUACAAAAUCUGACAAUGUCGAAAAUUGGCAAGAACAGUCUGAUACUGUACGAGACGUUGGAAUGUCUAAAGCAGUAUUUGUGCUACAUCAGAACACCGGUUAUAGAAGAGCCAUAUUUUUCGCAUUAUUGAAUCCUCAAUUGAAUGGUGCUGGAUUCGCCGGUGUAAGAGCAAUUAAAACAUAUAACCUAACUGGUUAUACAAAGCUGCAGAUUCAAUGUAGAGGACAAGGACAAUACAACGGAUUUAAAAUGGUUCUGAGGCACAAAGGGUUAAAUGAUGAGCCUAAUUAUUCUUUUGAACAAUAUUUCCAGGGUCCCAAGGAGGAAUUUGCCGUACGUAACUUGCCUUUCUCUGAAUUUAAAGCAUAUUAUCGAGGUAAAAGAGUCAACAACAACGAAACUUUAGAUAUAUCUCAAAUAACUAGUAUUGGGAUACAGAUGUAUGGAGGAGUCUAUCAACCUAUAAAACAAAAAGGACCAGCUACAUUAGAGAUUGAGUGGAUAAGGGCUGUAUGA